AUGGGGAUUCGAACCAAAUCGACCACGGGGUUUCAAACCAAAUCGAACACGGGGAUUCGAACCAAGUCGAACACGGGGAUUCGAACCAAAUCUACCACGGUGAUUAGAACCAAAUCGACCACGCGGAUUCAAAACAAAUCCACCACGGUGAUUAGAAACAAAUCGACCAUGGGGAUUCGAAACAAAUCCACCACGGUGAUUAGAAACAAAUCGACCAUGGGGAUUCGAAACAAAUCCACCACGGUGAUUAGAAUCAAAUCGUCCACUGGGAUUCGAACCAAAUCGAACAUGGGGAUUAGAACCAAAUUUAACACGGGGAUAAGAACCAAAUCUAUCACGUUGGUUAGAACCAAAUCGCCCACGUUGAUUAGAACGAAAUCGACCACGGAGAUUAGAACGAAAUCGACCACGGGGGUUCGAAACAAAUCGACCACGGGGAUUCAAACCAAAUCUAUCAUGGUGAUUAGAAACAAAUCGACCACGUUGAACCAAAUCGACCGCGGGGAUUCGAACGAAAGCGACCACAGGGAUUCGAACCAAAUCGACCAGGGAGAUUCGAACGUGCGCCAGUAA